AAAGAGUCGAUGCCAUUAAUUUCACCUCCAAACCUAUAUAAUGUAGUAUUUCAAAAUAUUGAUAAUGAACUUUGCACUUAUAUAACUUUUGCAAUAGUCAAAAAAAUUAAAGAACAGAUAAAUCACAGCUUUUUAUAUUAUGCGAUACAAAUAGAACCAGAUAGGCUAGUCACUAAUAUUGAGGUUUUAUGUGAUACCAAUUGCAUUGAAGAGGUUUUUGAUUUGCUACAAACCUAUGCCAAUGAUAUUCUUAGUGAAGUUUAUGAUCAACUAAUUUCAGCUUGGAAAAUACCCACUGUAUCAAGUGAAAUUAAUAGAUUAACAAAAGAGAGCCAAGAAAUUGCUCAGCAGCAUUUGAGUGCCAAGCAACAAUUUGCUAAAGUAUUUGAGAUCAAUAUGAUUCUUAAUACUAAUAAUUGUAGAUCUAGAGAUACGAGUAUUGUAAUUAAUAAUACUAUUCAAGAUGAGAAUACUUUGAAUAAUACUUUGAAUAAUGAAUCGAAUUCUUCAAAUGAAGCAAAAUUUGAUACUAACGAAGUAAAAAAAAGAAAAGGUUCAAAUAUUAGCAUUGAAAAUUCUUUAACUAAAUGUCAUAAAGGUUGGCCACCAGGAGCACAAAGAAUUCUUAGUAGCAUUGAAGUAAAUCAACAAUCACGAUCAGCUACAAAGAUACGAAGUAUUAAAUGUGCAUAUUGUAACAAAACUGGUCAUAAUAUUAGAAGCUAUAAGAUAAAAUCUUCUGAUGAGAUUAAAGAUUAA